CUUAUAUGUGUGCUAGAUUUCUUCUGUGCUCGCCCUCCAAGUUCCAUCAUCAGAUCUGCAAUCUGCUUGCAAUCUGUUACGACGAGAGCACCUCUUCCGCCGGGAGUUGCUUAACUCAUCAUCGCGUGGGCGGGCGAUUGCGGAGAAGAGGGCUCGUCUCCGGUGGGAAGACUUUCCUCACACGUCGCCUCGUCGCGUUGGCGGGCGAGCACGGAAACUCUCCCGCGCUGGAAGAGGGCGUUGUCGCUUGCCGCUGCAUUUUGGCGGGCGAUCGGGGAAAAAAACUCUCCCCCGUUUUUUUUGUCUGAGUCGUGGACGAGGGCGGGAGAUCGCUCGCUCGCUCGCUCUUUCGCUCGCUCCGGUGGCGCGCUGAAGUUCUGUGUGCUUCAUGUCGAUCUGAAACCAUUUGAAUUGGGAAGGUUUUCGAUUGCGUCGAGCGUGUAUCACGCACGCACGCGCGUACAGACAGCGUCGUCGCCGGCGAGUCAGAAGUAGAACGGUCACGAUGUUGGUGGAGAAUUUCUGCGUGGAGAGCCCGAAUGUAGUCGUUAAUGACGACUACAUACAAUCGACGUACACAUAUCAGACAACUGAUGUUAGUCAUCGAAUGGUGGGCGGGCGUAGCGAGUGGGUGGUUCGGCCGACGGAUCACAAAUACGAGUUCAGGACGAGCAGGAAGGUUCCGAAGCUGGGCGUGAUGCUUGUGGGGUGGGGUGGAAACAACGGCUCGACGCUGACGGGGGGCAUUAUCGCGAACAGGGAGGGGAUCUCGUGGGUGACCAAACACGGCAUCCAGCGGGCUAAUUACUACGGAUCGCUGACGCAAGCCUCCACGUGUCGAAUUGGAGCCUUCAGAGGGGAAGAGAUCUAUGUACCCUUCCGUAGCCUCUUGCCGAUGGUUGAUCCGAACGACAUAGUGUUUGGAGGUUGGGACAUCUCCGCCAUGAAUCUCGGUGAUGCCAUGGCACGGGCGAAGGUGUUUGAACCAGAUCUUCAGCGGCAGCUCUUUCCCUACAUGAAGACGAUGGCCCCUCUGCCGGGAAUUUACGAUCCGGACUUCAUUGCAGCCAAUCAAGAGGGCAGAGCGAACAACAUAAUCAAGGGGACAAAGAAGGAGCAGAUGGAGAAAGUCAUACAGGAUAUACGGGAUUUCAAGGCGAGGACGAAGGUGGAUGGAGUGGUGGUUCUCUGGACUGCUAACACAGAAAGAUACAGCGAUGUCAUCACGGGGUUUAACGACACAAGGGAGAAUCUGUUCAAGGCGUUGGAGGCCGGAGAGGCGGAGAUCUCUCCGUCUACACUCUACGCUCUCGCUUGUAUUCACGAAGGUGUCCCUUUCAUCAACGGGAGCCCACAAAACACCUUCGUUCCCGGAGUCAUCGAGUACGCCAUCGAGAAGAACUGUCUGAUCGGCGGAGACGAUUUCAAGAGCGGGCAGACGAAGUUGAAGUCCGUACUCGUCGAUUACCUGGUGGGUGCUGGCAUAAAGCCGACUUCGAUCGUGAGCUAUAACCACCUGGGGAACAACGAUGGGAUGAAUCUGUCCGCUCCUCAGACUUUCAGGUCGAAGGAGAUCUCCAAGAGCAGCGUCGUCGACGACAUGGUGUGCAGCAACGCCAUCCUCUACGAGCCGGGCGAGCACCCGGAUCAUGUCGUGGUUAUAAAGUAUGUGCCGUACGUUGGGGACAGCAAGCGGGCGAUGGACGAGUACUUGUCGGAGAUCUUCAUGGGAGGAAAGAACACCAUCGCCAUUCACAAUACCUGCGAGGAUUCGCUGCUCGCGGCGCCUAUCAUCCUGGAUCUGGUGCUGCUGGCGGAGUUGCUGACCAGGAUCGAGGUCAAGGAAGACGGGAAGAAGUUCAAGAGCUUGCAUCCAGUGGCGUCGCUGUUGAGCUACCUCAGCAAGGCGCCGCUCGUUCCGCCUGGCACGCCCAUCAUUAAUGCUCUGGCCAAGCAGCGAGCAGCCCUCGAGAACGUCUUCAGAGCAUGUAUAGGUCUAGCUCCUGAAAACAAUAUGCUCUUAGAGUACAAGUUGUAAGCGCUCUUUCCUACCGAAAAUCUUGAUAUUCCCCUACCUGUUUAGCUCCCUCCCUUACCCCCAGUCUCUUCUCCACCCACGCAUCCAUCCUCUCUCUCUCUCUCUCUCUCUCUCUUCCCUCCUUACUUCCCUCCCCCUUCUUCUUGCCUAUUGAUUUCUCGCCUCUUUGUUGUUUCCUCUUCGUGAUCAUCUACGGCUAUUGACUCCCUCUUUGGGUCGGUAUCUUGUCGGGAACGUUCGAGCUGUCGGGAUCAGGAUGUUGUUAUUCCACGUGGCGGGAAGAGGGACUGUGCAGAACCCGCCGGUCGGAAUGGGAGCGCGGUAGGUUUGUCGAGUGGCAAGCAGAAGAAGUUCGUGGGUCUUUAUAGCUGCUGAGCUUUGAAGUUGUUUGCGGUAAAGAGGAGUGACAGGUGUUGGACGUGCAGGUAGGCAGUUAAGGAGGAUCAAUGAGCGGUUUCGAGGAGUGCAACGGUAGGCCGGUAUUCAUUCUACUAUGAAAAACUUACGAGUUUCCGCUCGUGGAAGUGGGAAGAGAGGCGGCUAUUAUCUUGGACUUGCCUUGCGUCCCUCGUUUUGGAGUUGUUUCGCCUAUUUUUCAUUCCUUGCUUUGAAGCUUUGUACAGAGGUAUUACAAUAGGAUGCCCAAUUAAUCAUAUAGGAUCAAGUAUAGUUGAGCCGGUGGCAGUGGCAAUAUACAGGAUUGUUCGGACUUGAGAGAUGAUGAGAGGUAUAGGGCCUUUGGGAGGUUGGCGAUCGCUCAUCGUUUGGAAGAGCGGUAAAGGAAAGAGAAAAGGGAGAGCCCAGAAGUGUCUAAAGACUGGGGAACUGGGAGGAGCUGAUACACAAUUAUAAGAAUGUAAGAAAAAAACGAGAGAAAGAGAAAGAGAGAGAGAGAGAGAAAAAGACGAAGAGAGAUGGUAAGGGAAAGAGUAAGAGAAAGAAGGGUAGCCAAUGGGGUGUUGUUCCAGGGGGAGAGAGAAAGAAGACUGGCCAGUGGGGUGUUUGGGAAAGAGAAAGAGAAGGACAGUGUUUGAGAAACAGGAAGAGAAGAGAAGGACAGCUAGUGGGGUGUUUGAGAAAGAGAAAAAAAAGAGGAGGAGAACUACCGUCUUCGCCCGAAUAGAACGCCCGGUCAUUACAGCGGUAAUUUUCAGUUCACAUUCAGCGAUAAUACCCGAGCGUUUUAUUCGACCGAAGACGGUAGUGGGGUGUUUCUCGGAUUGUCAGGUGUUUCGGCUGGGGAAAGAGAGAUGCUGGCGACGGUUCUGGAUUCGGACAAAUAGGACCGUUCAGAAGAAGUAUAACAUAGUAUGACUGUGGAGGGACCUCUACAGGGAGGCUUGAUUUCUCGACAGGUCGGUGAUGAAAGUAAAUGCAGCAGCGAAUCCUUUGUUUCUUUGGGAAGAGACAGGAGGUUGGAGGGAUGUAUACAUUGUUCCGCCGGAAAUUGACAAAAAAGAAGACCGAAACGGAAGAGGUUUCUAGUUGCCAGAGAGGCCAAGUUCUUCACUGCGGACUCCUCUCCUUGUUUGCACGUUGUAAAUAAGCCGACGACCGUUCGAAGUCUCAGUGCAACGGGCGACAAUGGUUGUCACGCCCGGAGGGGGUGGGGGGGGAGGGAUGGUGUUGAGGGUUUCGUCUCUCCCUCUUUUUCGCUAAUUUUCGUCAGCUUUAUUACUGUUGUGAAAAAUUAUAUGGGGGAAAUGGGGAGCUCGUGCCUGGUGGUCCUUUCCUGCUCGGUGAUGCCUUGUCUGAUACAGGUUUCGGUUCUGGCCUGAAAAAGUAUGCCAAGGUACACUCCAGGGGGAGCCUGUCGCACAGGGAGGAAAAUGCCACAGGGAGUCGGUGGCACAGUACACUCAAAUGAGAGCGUGCGACACGGAGGGAGGAACUGCCUCGUCUCGUUUCGUUUAGGAAAAGUGGAAAGUUGAAUUAGCCCCAGCGGAGCAGUUGUAGUAUGGUGGAUAAGGAUUGCUGCUGAACCCCC